GCCGUGAGCGCCAUGGCCGUGGCCCCCGCGGGCGGCCAGCGCGCGCCGGCGCUGGAGGCCCUGCUCGGGGCGGGCGCGCUGCGGCUGCUCGACUCUUCGCAGAUCGUCAUCAUCUCCGCCGCGCCCGAUGUCGGCGCCCCGCAGGUCCCCGCCGGCCCCGCCGCGCCGCCCGCCGGCCGCGACCCCGACGUGCUGCUCUUCGCCACGCCGCAGGCACCCCGGCCCGCGCCUAGUGCACCGCGUCCCGCUCUCGGCCGCCCGCCGGUGAAACGGAGGCUGGAUCUGGAAACUGACCAUCAGUAUCUGGCUGGGAGCAGUGGGUCCUUGCGGGGCAGAGGCCGCCACCCAGGGAAAGGUGUGAAAUCUCCAGGGGAGAAGUCACGCUAUGAGACAUCAUUAAAUCUUACCACCAAACGCUUCUUGGAGCUGCUGAGCCGCUCAGCCGAUGGCGUUGUUGACCUGAACUGGGCGGCUGAGGUACUGAAAGUGCAGAAGCGGCGCAUCUAUGACAUCACCAACGUCCUGGAGGGCAUCCAGCUCAUUUCCAAGAAGUCCAAGAAUCAUAUCCAGUGGCUAGGCAGCCACACCAUGGUGGGGAUCAGUAAGCGGCUUGAAGGCCUGACCCAGGACCUACAGCGACUGCAGGAGAGUGAGCAGCAGCUGGAUCACCUGAUGCACAUCUGUACCACGCAGCUGCAGCUGCUCUCUGAGGACUCAGACAGCCAGCGCCUGGCCUAUGUGACCUGCCAGGACCUCCGUAGCAUAGCGGACCCGGCAGAACAGAUGGUCAUAGUGAUCAAGGCCCCUCCUGAGACCCAACUGCAAGCUGUGGACUCUGCGGAGACGUUUCAGAUCUCUCUUAAGAGCAAACAAGGCCCCAUCGAUGUUUUCCUGUGCCCUGAGGAGAGUGCAGGGGGGAUCAGCCCUGGGAGGACCCCAUGCCAGGAGACACCGUCUGGGGAGGACCGGACUGCCGAGCCUGGCACUGCAGGGCCUCCACCAUCACCUCCCUCCACAUCCCCGUCCUUGGAUCCCAGCCAGUCCCUGCUAGGCCUGGAGCAAGAACCAGUCUUGUCACGGAUGGGCAGCCUGAGGACCCCCAUGGAAGAAGACCAUCUGUCACCGCUGGUGGCUGCUGACUCACUCCUGGAGCAUGUUCGAGAAGACUUCUCUGGACUCCUCCCUGGGGAGUUCAUCAGCCUUUCCCCGCCCCAUGAGGCCCUUGACUACCACUUUGGCCUAGAGGAGAGUGAAGGCAUCAGAGAUCUCUUUGACUGUGACUUUGGGGACCUGACCCCUCUGGAUUUCUGACAGAAGCCUAGGGAGCCUGGGCGUCCGGAGAUGCCCACCCUGGCUGCAGCUUUGGAGCCUCCUGCCCUGGGCCAUCCUUCCUGCCUCAUUGGAAAAGCACGAUUCAUACCCUCUUCUCCGCGCAGUAGCUUCUAGCUCUGGGGUUUGGCUGCUGCCAGAUUGAGCAGGCCAAAAGGGGAAGGAUUUUGUAUGGGGUGUGAGUGUGUGUGUGUGUGUGUGUGUGUACCGGGGAAUGAAGGUGAACACAUCUGUAUGUGUGCUGCAGACACAUCCUGGUGUGUCCACGUGUGCAUGAAUUCAUGUGUGCGCAUGGGGGCGGGGUGGGGCUCGAACUGCACUUUUGGUGUCCUUGCUGCAGAGGCCCUGUGAGGCCCAGGGUGACUGCCUGCUCCCAGAAUCCUGUGUGUCAGCCAGGCCAGGUGGGGCAGCUUGGCUGGCUGGGUUUGCAGGGCAGCAAGAGCACUGCUUAAAGGUUUUCCGAUCGAAGCUUUAAUGGAGCGUUUAUUUAUUUAUCGAGGCCUCUGGCAAGCCUGGGGAAGAAGCUAAGGGUGCGAGGGGUAUGGGGCUAAUGCCCCAGCUUCCUAUACUCUGAAGCAAGGGCAGGGUCCCCUAGCUGGGUUUCCCCCCUUUGCCCAACCCCAAAGGAGCUGAGGCCCAAGCAGUUUAUUUAUUGGGAAAGCGGGAGGCGGGGAGCAGACUGACAGCCGUGGAUGGGUUGGAGAGAUGGCCCCCUUUUAGGAGGUGGUACCAGCACCCUAGCUGCACCCAUGUGGAUUUGAGUUGGAAAAAGUGGGUGAGGGGCUUCACUGACCCGGUGGACAGGAGGGUGGGUGUGGCCCCCUUGUGGUCGGAGUGCGCCUCCAUUGUCCUCCCCACCCUCCAAACUGCACUUUGAUUUGUUUAACAGUUCUGUUCCCUCCUGCUUUGGUUUUAAUAAAUAUUUUUGAUGGUGUUAGGGCUGGGUUUGGGACUCUAUGCCGAUGUGAGGCUAGGGUCAAAGGGAAUAUGAAUACUCAGUUCCCUGUUCCUAUCUGAUUUAAUUUCCUUUCCAUAUGUAAGCACUUGAGAGGAAGAAAACUGACCCAGUGACUGGUAGGAAGUCAUGCAUAUUAUCUAAGUGCAGAAAAGGGAGUGUUAGAGUCGGCUUGCUGUGCGCCUUCCGGACAUUUCUGAGCAUUAGUAAAGAUGCAACACACAGUGAA